UCUCCGUGUGUUGUUGGUCGUCGUCGUCGGCUGCCGCUGCUGGUGUGGUGUUGCCUCUCGCUGCUACGGCUGCUGUCGCCUAUCUGUCACCAUUCCUUGACGUGUUUUAAUUGCGUUUCGAACGUGAAUUCACUCGUGCGAUCUGAACGUAUAGGUGUCUCGGCCCAGAGUGAGUUUUUCAGCUGCAACAUCGGGGGGUAGAAGCAGAGUCGGCAGCAGUGAGUGGUAAUGUCGUCGACGACGACAGCGGCGAUCUCUGGUACGGCCCUCCAUAUAAUCGGGAUCGUAAUAGCUUUGGGUGCCGCACCGGCAUGGACAUUCUACCUUCCUGGUCUGGCCCCAGUGAAUUACUGUCCCGCGGAUCUAGCCAACUCGCAGUGUCAGUCUAAAAUAGCUCUCUACGUGAAUCGCCUGGACUCUGAUGAAUCGGUCCUGCCGUAUGAGUACCAUCACUUCGAUUUCUGCACGACGGGCGAGGAGUUGUCUCCGGCAGAAAAUCUGGGACAGGUUGUUUUCGGCGAGCGGAUCCGACCAUCCCCUUACAAGAUAAACUUCUUGGAGAACCGAACAUGUGCGUUCCUUUGCACGAAGAAGUACGACAAAUCGGAUGCGUCGUCGCAACACCGGCUCGAUCUCUUGCGGAAGGGGAUGAUGAAGAUGUACAAACACCAUUGGAUUGUGGACAACAUGCCUGUCACGUGGUGUUAUCUGACCGACUCGACGUCAUACUACUGUUCGAUGGGAUUCCCGAUGGGCUGUUUCACUUACCAAAACCAAAAGCCUCGCGGACUGUGUAACAUCUAUCCUACAUUCAUCAAACAGAAUACCUUCUACCUGCUGAAUCACGUGCAUCUGACGAUAACGUACCAUAAGUCCGAGCGAGAGACUUGGGGCUCGUCAUUUACCCAACAAGGGGGACGGAUAAUCUCGGUCAAAGUCUCGCCCGAGUCGAUCCGGCACAGGCCCUCCGAUGACAAGACGUCUGUCCUCUGUGACUCGAAAGAGCCGAUGACGCUACCGAUGAAUAACGACGAACUACCCGAUACGUUCGAAAUCUCCUACACGUACGAUGUCACAUUCCAAAAGACCGAUCAACGUUGGGCUUCUCGUUGGGACUACAUCCUCGAGUCGAUGCCGCAGACCAAUAUCCAGUGGUUCUCGAUCCUGAACUCGCUCGUUAUCGUUUUGUUCCUGACCGGUAUGGUGGCCAUGAUUCUUCUGAGGAACCUCCACAAAGACAUCGCUCGCUACAAUCAGCUGGAUUCAUGCGGGGAAGACGCACACGAAGAGUUCGGCUGGAAACUAGUCCACGGCGAUGUGUUCCGUCCGCCCCAGAAAGGAAUGCUACUCGCUGUGUUCGCUGGUUCAGGAAUCCAGAUCCUCAUCAUGACUUUGAUAACACUCUUCUUCGCUUGUCUCGGUUUCCUCUCUCCGGCGAACCGGGGAGCCCUCAUGACCUGUGCCAUGGUUCUCUACGUCUGUCUCGGAACUCCGGCGGGUUACGUCUCGGCAAGGAUCUACAAAUCCUUCGGAGGAAUCAAGUGGAAGUCCAACGUGUUGCUCACGUCUUUGCUAUGUCCCGGUAUCGUCUUCUGCAUCUUCUUCUGCCUGAAUCUGGUCCUGUGGGCGAAGGAAUCAUCGGCCGCCGUUCCUUUCACGACUCUAAUCGCUCUUCUUGCCCUAUGGUUUGGGAUUUCGCUGCCAUUGACAUUCGUCGGCGCGUACUUCGGUUUCAAGAAACGAACGCUCGAAAAUCCAGUCCGAACAAAUCAGAUCCCCCGUCAAAUUCCUACUCAGACCCUAUAUACGCAGGCUGUUCCCGGAAUUCUCAUGGGAGGGAUCCUGCCGUUCGGUUGUAUCUUCAUCCAACUUUUCUUCAUCUUGAACUCGAUCUGGUCCUCUCAAACCUACUACAUGUUCGGCUUCCUCUUUCUGGUGUUCGUCAUUCUUGUCAUAACGUGCUCUGAGACGACGAUCCUCCUCUGCUAUUUCCAUCUUUGCGCAGAAGACUAUCACUGGUGGUGGCGAGCCUACCUGACAUCGGGCUCGACGGCGUUGUACUUGUUCGUUUACUGCAUUCAUUACUUCACCCGGAUCUCGAUCUCGGGUGCGGCGUCGACUUUCCUUUACUUUGGUUAUACGUCGAUUAUGGUUUUCCUGUUUUUCCUGCUGACCGGCACCGUAGGUUUCUUCGCAUGUUUCUGGUUCGUGAGAAAAAUCUAUUCGGUUGUCAAAGUUGACUAGAGCGAUCCGUUCGUAGAGUGUUCAGAGAUUAUCAGACGCUUAUCAGCUGGACGAGGUGGGGAACAGAAAGCGGACAAGGAGAUGAACGAUGACGUGGGAGAAGGUUCGGGAGUCGGUCGUGAUCAAUAAGUAGCUCAUAAUCCGAGUCGAGGUAUAUUAGAAAAGGAUGCGCGCGCAUCCGCGCACGCAUGAGACACACGAAGUUGGAAUCAUUCCUCCGGCUCAUGCAGGAGCGAAAAAUCGAGGAGCGUGUCUCCAGCAUGAUUUCAUUUCAAUUAUGCGGAGGAGCUGGGGACGUGCCUUCAGUGAUGACGGAAAGCAAGGUCUGAGAUGCAGUUGCUUCCGAACAUCGUCGCCGAAGGGCACUCUCCUUUCCAUCGAAAACACUACAAGCAAAGCAAAUCAUAGCUGGAGCAAAAUGUGUUGGUUUUUGUGAAUAGCGAUGAGACGCGGUGAGAAUUCCCCAUCCUCUUUUUAAUGGGGAUCGAGAAUCAUGUGAGUUAGUUCAAUAUUGCGACUUCUACUACCCACUUCUCCUACGCUGUAAAGGAUCAGUCCCGGAUGACGAUCUGUCUACACUGUUAUUUGAGUUUGAGUCGGGGUCAGCCCGUGCUGGAGUAACCUCACGGCUUGACAUACUACUUCCACCCUUAGUCGACCCAAGAGAAAAGAUCGCUGGAAGGUGGAGAUGCUAUUUAAUGAAAUCGUCGUGUACAUAAAAGAGACAAUAAAUGCGAAUCCGUGAUUGGAGAU